ACAAAGAUGGCGUUUUUGGCCUCCGACACGUACAGAUUUAUCAAGUAAAACAUAAGCAGUGCGAAGCUAUCUUUAACAUAUUUACCGUUUUGAACUGGGGAUUUCAACUAACUGUUUCUGUACUGAGGAAAAAGACUGUUACGGAUGUACGUCAUGGCGACAUGAUUCAUCGACCAGCCUCAUUCUGGUAAUGUUCACGAUGUGACACCUCCACUGUUGUUGUUGACGUUGGUGACGGUGGGUGGACACAGUUUAAACGGAAGGGUAAAGGUGAAGGUCAUGUCGGGGAUGCGCCCCAGUAUAUCCAUGUCUUCAUUGUCUUCAAUGGAUAGAGGAGAUAUUGGGAUUUCCUCCGUUCCACCUCACAUGCGGAGAAACAGUGGAUUGCCCAACCAGCAGUAUGAUCGAGAUGACGGGAACAUUGACCUCUACCCCAACAAUGGUAACCGUGGUGACCGUGCUGAUCGAGGAGGAGGGAGUGGAAAUGCAUCAAAGAAAAAGCGGAAGAAACGCCACCUGGUGACUGCGAAUCUCUCCGGAACCAGAUAUGAAGUUGUGCGGCAGAUGGUGGAAAAACUGGGUUACACGGCAUCGCGAGACGAUGAUCCUCUCAGCUACAUCUUGUGGAAUGACAGCUUUGUGUCUACGGAGCGAGUUUCUGAGCUGAAGCCAUACCAGAAGCUGAACCAUUUCCCUGGGAUGGGGGAAGUGACGAGGAAAGACGCGCUCGCCAGGAACUUCCUCAAAAUUCAGAAAUCUUUUCCUGAAGAUUACAACUUUGUGCCCAAAACAUGGAUUCUACCAACAGAUUACAGUACAUUACAGAACUACGCCAAGGAACUGAAAUCAAAGAAAAAACUGAAAACAUUUAUAGUAAAACCUUCCAAUGGUGCACAAGGGCACGGUAUCUGUCUGUAUCGAAAUGCAGAGAAGAUUCCCCCAACUGAGCACUUCAUCGUCCAGGAGUAUAUUGACAAGCCCUUGCUCCUGGACGGCUACAAGUUUGACCUGCGUGUCUACGUCCUUGUCACGUCAUGUGACCCACUCCGCAUCUUUCUCUUCAAUGAUGGACUUGUCCGUCUCGGCACUGAGAAAUACCUGCCGCCACAUGAAAGUAACAUGAACCACCUCUACAUGCAUCUCACCAACUACUCCGUCAACAAACACAACGAGUUCUACGACAAAAGUGCCUCUGUGGACACUGGGAGUAAACGCUCGAUACGCUACUUCAAUGACUUCCUCCGACGUAACGACAUCGAUGUAGCGUUGUUGUGGCGCAACAUCUCCGACAUGAUUGUCAAGACAAUGUUAGUUGCCCAGCCUCAUGUGUUACACUCGUACCGCAUGUGUCGGCCAGGAGCUGGGACUGGCAGUGACAGUGUGUGCUUCGAGAUUCUAGGAUUCGACAUCAUGAUUGACAGGAAGCUGAGACCUUGGUUGCUGGAGAUAAAUCGUUCUCCCAGUUUUGGUACAGAUGAGAAAAUAGACUACGACAUCAAGUCGGGACUUGUUGAAGACACCCUGAGGCUGCUGAAUAUCAAAUCGAGUGACAAACGUCGGAACAUUGCUGCCCAGAAAGCGGAGGCCAGGAAACGACUGUUCCGGUCGACGAAGAAGGUUGAAGUUGAUGUCACAGACCUUGAGAAGAAACGCCAAACGAUCGAGCGGAGGAAAGAGGAACUGAAGGAGCUGUUGUCCCGCAUCAGGAGGGCAGCAGCAAGAGAGGAGUACGAGAACCGCAACUGUGGCAGGUUCCGCCGCAUCUUCCCGUCUGACGACCGGGCGCGGCAGGAGAAGUACUGCAGCCUGCUGUCUUCGUGCUUCACCGUGUUCCUGGCAGGUCGGGGCACCUCCAUGCAGAGGGAGAUCCAGACGACGUACAACAACAAGUUCAGGGAGGAGGAGAUCAUGGACAUGCUGGCUGAGUGUGAGGCAGAUGAGAAGGAGGGGCGUGUCUUCACCAACCCCGGGUCAUCGCGCCCUAGAGGACCCAAGCCACUCCAGAGUAUGCCAGAGAGUGUUCAAGCCCCCCCUGAGGAUCUAGAUGAUGAUGAUGAAGAUGAGCUAAGUGACAGUGCCUCACCCCCAAGUUCAACUGUUCUCCGACGCCGCGGCGAGCACACACCACCACGACCCUCUUCCCGUCCAGACAGCGUCCAGAGCAACCACAGCUCACGGCCAACGUCAGGGGUUCUACGCAUGACCCAGCGCCCCACCAGCAACACCUCACUCCCCGGGGCCCAGCAGCGCUCCAAGUCCUUGUCCAGGGCGGCAACCUCCAACAAACUGACCGUCCAUGCAGAGGAAUGGCCUUGUAAGUACAUUUACGCCAUCUUGCAGAGGAACGGCAUUGAUGACAACUUCCUGUCGUCGAUGGUGAAGGAACGGGAGGACGAGCUGACGAAGAAGACGCUGUCAUCUCUCAAUGAGAUGCGGAUCAAGUUCCCUGGCAAGACCGACCUUGAAGCUGACACGCUGCUAGACAAGCUGAAUGAGAACUGGAAGUUCCACAAGCCUCGGAUAGCGUCCUACUGGCUGGUCAAGCUUGACUCCAUCAAGAGGAGGAAGGUCACUGACAUUGUGAGGUCAAAUGUCAAGGCUGUAUUACAGAGGAUCUGGCGAUGUUCCGAUGUAGACAACUUGCGUCUGUAUCGUAUCUUCAGCCGGGUGUUUAAUCGUCUGUUGUGGAGUCAUGGCCAGGGGCUGUGGAACUGCUUCUCUUCUUCUGGCAAUUCGUGGGAAACAAUAUUCAACAAGAGUUCAGAGAACAUCAGUGAGGCAGAGUUGAACUGUUGCCGGCGGAUCGUUCAGCUGUGUCGGGACUGUCUCCUAAUCGUCUACCAGUUCGCUGCUGAGGCAAAAGCAACAACACAGACAGUGCCCUCUAGUGAGAGUGAGGAGCCGGCCACAGUGUCACAGCCUACAAGCAAUGGGUUUAUCGCCAGUCAGGAUGUGAGGCCACCAGCCACCUGGAACCCACACACCUUCAGUCAGCGUUACUCCAAGCUCUACAACAGGGCCGAGGGCAUGGGGUCGUGACAUCCCCACCUGGGAUCAUGUGAUGUCUGAGGCCCGACGUAGCCACGUAGAUGUAGCCGUCCAGAUGUAACAUUGUAGUCUGUAGCACCAUGUACCCCAGCUCAUCAUCACAACUGACUGGUAUACUACUGGACUACUGCUGGCAUCUACAUGGGACACAAGUAGUCAGCUGAUUGUGUUUCUGAUUUAGUUUUACUUACUCUUUCUAGCUCCAGACACGUAUGUUGUCCUGAGGUACACAUUACAACAAUUUUAGUCGUCAAACUAUAAGUGGGGAUCUUUAUUUUUGUUUUGGCUAAUUUUGGACAUUGUAACUUGCUCAUUCUUGCACCCAGAACACAUGUAGAAUUGUUCAGCUGGAACGCUGAAAUGUAUUGAAACAUAUACAAGUGUUUUGUAAUUAGUCGCCAACUUGUAUAUUGUCCUAUACGAAGAGCCAGCUUGUAUGUUGUUUCAUACAAGGAGCCAGCUAGUAUGUUUUAUAUGAGGAGCCAGCUUGUAUGUUGUUUUAUACGAUGCUUGUAUGGCUUUAUACAACUUGUAUAUUGUUUUAUACGAGGCGCCAACUUGUAUAUUGUUUUAUACGAGGGCAGCCAGCUUGUUUGUUCUUUUAUAUGAGGAGCCAACUUGUAUAUUGUUUCAUCCAAGGAGCCAACUUGUAUAUUGUUUCAUGCAAGGAGCCAGCUUGUAUAUUGUCUGCUCUGAUAGUGCUUGAUUCUAACCAUGUACAAGACAGCAUUACUGACAUUUAUGAAAUCCCUUUACUCCUGAAAGUAUUAGGUAGCAUGAGUAUGCUUUGUGUAAAUAUAUAAAUAUAUAUAUAUAUAUAUAUAUCUUCCUGUAAUAAUGUCUGAAGUAGGUAGCUGUUUCUGAUUACUUUGUACAUUAAACACUACUAAUCUUGAUACCUGUAUAGUGUCUAGUCACAUGUACUGAUCUUGUCACCACAAUUGUUGUAGUACUAGACAGACAUCUUGUGACCUUCACGUGCACCUGGAGGUGAACUGAGUCAGUGUAGGAACCUGGUGUACUGUAUCACUGUAUCAAGUUUCCACUUCUAGAAAAUACUACAUGACAUUUAAAGGCACAAUGUCACACCACAUUUCUCUAAAAAUACACAAAUGCAUUUCUCUCAAUAAUACUAUCAGGGCCUCAGGGAAGCUACCAUAUAAUGUAUUCUCCCCAAAAAUUAUGUAUUUAUAUUACAAUAUUAAAUACUAGUAAGAGAGUUUGGAUGAAUUAAUGUAACGUUGCAUUAAAUUGACUCUCGUGCCCAAUACCGACCGAACAUUAUUUCUGGUUGGAAGCAGUUCGCCUCGAAGUUUCAAUUAUUGAUUUCAGGCAAGUUGAAAGGGAUAAUAAGUGUUAUUUUGCAUCAACAGGACUGACUGAGUUAAGUUUUACACCGCUUUUAGCAAUAUUCCAGCAAUAUCACGGUGGGGGACACCAGAAAUGGGCUUAACACA